AUGACAGAGGCCACAGGAACAAGCACACCUAUAGAUACAGCCUAUCCAAAGUUAGAAGGAGAAGAAGAUCUUCUCACAUCUAAUGAACAGUACAGACAAGCAGUGGGGGCACUUCUUUACAUUGCAACCACUACACGUCCAGAUAUUGCAGCUGCCAUGUCUCUUCUAUGCAGGCGAGUUGAUAAACCACGUCAAAGAGAUUGGAAUGCAAUUAAAAGAGUUAUGAGAUAUCUGAAACAGACAAAAGACUUAAGUUUGAAACUGUCAGCAAGUGGUGACUUAAACCUCAUGGGAUAUGUGGACUUCGAUUGGGCAGGUGACCACAGCACACGCAAAUCUACAAGUGGUUACUUAUUAAUAUUAGGAAACAGUCCUAUAUCUUGGUCCAGCAAGAAACAGAUGUCAGUGGCAUUGUCUUCUACAGAAGCUGAAUACAUAUCUGCAGCUUAUGCCAGUCAAGAAGUUGUGUGGUUACAGCAAUUACUCAAGGAUCUUGGGGAAGUAACAUCAGAACCUACCGUCUUUAUUUGA